AUGGGUGACACCAAAAUAAACUCAGCGGACGAUUCGAAUACAUCGACAUCCAGCCCAUUGUUUUUACCUCACACAGUCCCGAAUCCCGAGAGUGGGAGACCAUCAGCUUUUACCACGGUGAAACAUCGAGCUUGGGGAUCAGAAUCAGAGAAAGACAGAAAAUGGGGACCAGAUACAGAUAAGGCUUCUCCCCCAGCCAGAGACGAGGACCUGGAACCUAAACCUGCAUUUCCUUUCCUCACUGGCGAUUUUUCCUUCUUCAAUCCUCCUCAAGCGUGGUACCCUGGCAUUUCCCCUUAUCAUCUACCAUCGUUUGCCUCUUUGUUCGAAAGAAGACGACGAAAAGAAAAACGCCAAAGACGCCAACGAACAACGUUCACGAGUGAGCAGACGUUACGGCUAGAGCUUGAGUACCACAGAAAUGAGUACAUCACCCGUACCCGGCGGUUCGAACUGGCCGAGAUGCUGAGCUUGACGGAGGCCCAAAUCAAAAUAUGGUUCCAGAACAGAAGAGCCAAGGACAAACGAAUUGAAAAAGCCCACAUGGACCAGCAAAUCAGAGCUCUUGGACUCAAUUCCACACCUCGACCAUUCCCUAACACAGCUUAUAUGAACUCUCUAUGUGCCCCUUAUUUACCACGCCCACCGGGGCAUAAUGCACCCAUCCCAGCCAUUAAACCACUCUACCCGAUCCCUUAA